GUGGAAGCAAUCGACAUCGCGUGUGUUCUUAAGGCGUGCGCUUGCAGUGGCCAUUAUGAUUUUCCCUCGUUUUCGUAAAGGAACCUCGACUUAAUUCGCACCGGGCCCUCCAUGUAACCGGGACACCCCACGCUGUGUCAUGCCAGGCCACACUGGCCCGGCCUUGUCACUCUGGGUCACGCUGUGUCACGCUGUGUCACGCUGUGUCACUCUGGGUCACUCUGGGUCACGCUGUGUCACUCUGGGUCAUGCUGGGCCACACUGUGUCACUCUGGGUCACUCUGUGUCACUCUGGGUCACUCUGAGUCACGCUGUGUCACUCUGGGUCACGCUGUGUCACUCAGGGCCACGCUGUGUCUCUCUGGGUCACGCUGUGUCACUCAGGGCCACGCUGUGUCUCUCUGGGUCACGCUGUGUCACUCUGGGUCACGCUGGGUCACGCUGUGUCUCUCUGGGUCACGCUGUGUCUCUCUGGGUCACGCUGUGUCACUCUGGGUCACUCUGUCACUCUGGGUCAUGCUGUGUCACUCAGGGUCACGCUGUGUCACUCUGGGUCACGCUGUGUCACUCUGGGUCACGCUGUGUCACUCUGGGUCACGCUGUGUCACUCUGGGUCACGCUGUGUCACGCUGUGUCUCUCCGGGUCACGCUGUGUCACUCAGGGCCACGCUGUGUCACUCAGGGCCACGCUGUGUCACUCAGGGCCACGCUGUGUCUCUCUGGGUCACGCUGUGUCACUCAGGGUCACGCUGUAUCUCUCUGGGUCACGCUGUAUCACUCAGGGUCACGCUGUGUCACUGGGUUACGCUGUGUCUCUCUGGGUCACGCUGUGUCACUCAGGGCCACGCUGUGUCACUCUGGGUCACUCAGGGCCACGCUGUGUCACUCAGGGUCAUGCUGUGUCACUCUGUAUCACUCAGGGCCACUCAGGGCCCCACGCUGAGUCACUCUGGGCCACUCAGGGCCCCACGCAGAGUCACACUGGGUCACUCAGGGCCCCACGCUGUGUCACUCUGGGUCACUCAGGGCCCCACGCUGUGUCACUCAGGGCCACUUUGGGUCACUCAGGGCCCCACGCUGUGUCACUCAGGGUCACUCAGGGCCCCACGCUGUGUCACUCAGGGCCACUCUGGGUCACUUAGUUCCCCACGCUGUGUCACUGGGUCACUCAGGGCCCCACGCUGUGUCACUGGGUCACUCAGGGCCCCACGCUGUGUCACUCUGGGCCACUCAGGGCCCCACGCUGUGUCACUCAGGGCCACUUUGGGUCACUCAGGGCCCCACGCUGUGUCACUCAGGGCCACUCUGGGUCACUUAGUUCCCCACGCUGUGUCACUGGGUCACUCAGGGCCCCACGCUGUGUCACUGGGUCACUCAGGGCCCCACGCUGUGUCACUCUGGGCCACUCAGGGCCCCACGCUGUGUCACUAGGCCACGCUGUGUCACUCUGGGUCACUCAGGGCCCCACGCUGUGUCACUCUGGGCCACUCAGGGCCCCACGCUGUGUCACUAGGUCACGCUGUGUCACUCUGGCCACUUAGGGCCCCACGCUGUGUCACUCUGGGCCACUCAGGGCCCCACGCUGAGUCACUAGGCCACGCUCGGUCCUGCCGGCGCAAUAUUUCCCCUCCGUGUCGCGCUCAUGCAAGUGACCCAUGUUGAGGGUUCGCGUCCCCCACCCAGGUUUGUCGUGGCUGUCGUCCUCACCUCUUCCAUCUCUUUAUUUUUCUUAGCUCUCGUUUAGCGCGUUUACGUUUUUAAAACCGGACACUCGCACAAAACAUAAAUAUACAUUGAAUAAAUAUAUAUUACACACACAAACAAAAACUUCGUAUACAAAGCCCGGCCGGCACAAUUGUACAGCGACGUGAUUUAACGUUCGUCCAUACUUUGUGCUUCUACAUGCUGCGCUCUUUCGGUUAUCGGUGUCAUGUGACGUUUUGCGGCGGCGGGGUGGGGGG